GAAGAAAUUGCGACGGAGUUUGUUUUUGUUUUGGAUUUGGGAGAGGCGGAAGAAAAUGCAAAGAAAUAUCGUGAAGAGCCUAAGACUGCUCAGUUUGAGGGCACAUCAGGUCCCUCGAUUCUUUACCAAUGUGGCUACAGUCCAGAUGUCCAGGAGAGUCUUUCUGAGGCGGGAUAAAGUGGAAAUUGUGCCUGUUCGGAGCAUGUUCAUCCAGACUCAGGAAACACCCAAUCCCGACAGCCUCAAAUUCCUUCCCGGAAGGGAUGUUCUCGGAGCUGGGAAUACCAUGGAUUUCCCCACAAUGAACACAGCAAGUGGGAGUCCCUUGGCGAAGCUGUUGUUCCGCGUGGAGGGAGUUAAGUCAGUUUUCUUUGGAGGAGACUUCAUCACCAUCUCCAAGGCUGAGGAUGCCGAAUGGGGUAUCCUAAAGGCGGAAUUGUUUGCUGUGAUAAUGGAUUUCUUUGCCAGUGGACUCCCAAUUCUGACUGGAGCCACUCCAAACAGUGACACGCAGAUCAAUGAAGAUGACGAUGAGACUGUGAUGAUGAUCAAGGAACUUCUUGAUACUCGAAUCCGACCAACAGUCCAGGAAGAUGGUGGAGAUAUUAUCUUCAUGGGCUACAAAGAUGGAAUUGUGCAGCUGAAAAUGCAGGGAUCAUGUUCUUCCUGUCCAAGUUCCAUUGUCACUCUCAAGAAUGGCGUUCAGAAUAUGCUGCAGUUCUACAUCCCGGAAGUCGUGGCUGUGGAGCAGGUGACUGAACCUUCAGAUGAAGUGGCUGAGAAAGUCUUUGAUUCCCUGGAAAAGAAUCUAAAAGUCAAGGAAGUCAAGGAGAAAUAAAAAAAAAUGUAAAGAGAAUAAUAGAGAUUUAUUAAAAGGUUUUUAUUUAUGUGCUGA